UGAACGGCAGAGAGGGGAGUCCAUCCAUCCUUCCAGUGCAGAGGUGGGAAGUUUUAGGCUGUGGUCUGACGGAAAGUCUACGUGGAGUCAAAUUUCAGAGCUGGAGCCCUGAACUGCAGUGAGUCACACAGAGAGCCUGAGAGCUGCCUUUGUUCCACUUGUGUCUGAACGUUGGAGGAGAAACAGCAGGCUCCAGUUUUCUGUAACUUGUUUUCAGAAGUAUAAAAUUCAUGUUCACUGAACAUUUUCCGCCCUUGAGGUCUUUCAACUGACUUUCAAAAAAUGCUGUCAUGUUGUGCCUGGUGGAGCUGGAAUGUGCUGCUACUGUUCUUAGGCUUGUCGAUCCAUGCUUGUUCAGCAGCUCAGGUCAUAGAAGAACGAGGCUCAAAAGAACAUCUUGAUCUCACAGAGUUAAUAGGAGUUCCACUCCCUCCUUCUGUCUACUUUGUCACUGGCUACGGAGGUUUUCCAGCGUAUAGCUUUGGUACAGAUGCCAACAUUGGUCGAUUGACAAGUGCUAUAAUACCAUUGCCUUUCUAUAGAGAUUUUGCAAUUGUAGUUACAGUGAAACCAAACAGUGAUCGUGGAGGAGUGCUAUUUGCAAUAACAGAUGCCUUCCAGAAAACUAUUUACUUGGGAAUUAGACUUUCACCAGUUGAUGAGAGCACCCAGAGAAUAAUUAUGUAUUAUACCGAGCCUGGCUCUAGUAUCUCCCGAGAAGCAGCUUCAUUUAAAGUGCCAGUGAUGACUAAUAGGUGGAAUAGAUUUACAGUGACUGUUCAGGGAAAUAGCAUUGCUUUGUUCAUGGACUGUGAAGAGUAUCAGAGAGUUCAGUUUCAGAGGUCGGAUCGAGCCUUGGUAUUUGAGUCUGGCUCUGGGAUAUUUGUUGGUAAUGCAGGAGCCACAGGCCUGGAAAAGUUCACAGGUUCAAUUCAACAUCUGACAAUCAGAUCUGACCCAAGAGCCACCGAAGAUCAUUGUGAAGAUGAUGAUCCAGCUGCUUCGGGGGAUAUCAGUGGCAAUGGCAGCAUUCAAGAAUAUGAAGACAUUACUGAGACACAAGAAGAACUCGUGCCUUCUCACCUUCUCAUGAGGCCUGAAGACUCACUGGCUGAGGCAGUGGAAGCACCUCCAACCAUAUUAUCUUAUUUGAAAGAAAAUGAUUUCUCAGGACAUCACAGAGCAGAAGAAACCUCUGAACCAGCUAAAAUUAAACAAGACUCAGCUGUUGUGGAAACUGGACAAAGCAACAGAGAAUCUACAGCUGUCAUGCAGAAAAUCUUAAGAGAAGAAGAUGGCUCUGGUGCUAGUGUCUUGCUAGGAGUGAGCAGAGAAAAGAUUAGACUGAAACCUGAAGAACUGGGUUCUGGAUAUGCUGAUAGAGAGACUGAGAUUUUAAGAGGCAGCCCAGGAUCGCAUGGCCUUCCAGGAAAACCAGUCCCUGAUUCAGAUGUAGGGCAUCCUGAGUCAUCAGGGGAAGACGGAUCCGCUGUUGAACUGAGCCCUGAAGGUCCGCAAGGUCUUCCUGGACUUGAUGGAGUGGUUGGCCCACCAGGACAGAAGGGAGAAAAGGGUGAUAGAGGUCUUCCUGGUUCUGUUGGUGCAAAGGGUGACACUGGGGUCACUGGAUCAAUAGGCCCUAAAGGAGAAGCUGGUGCUGAUGGUUCUCCUGGGAAACCUGGACCCCCUGGACCCCCUGGACCCCCUGGGCCCCCUGGACCUCCUGGACCCACAGGUAGAAGGCCAAGUACAGAAGGAAAACCUGGCGUCGCUGGACAUCCUGGAGGUGUGGGUCCAAAAGGGGAGAAGGGUGACCCAGGACCUCAGGGUGAACCAGGACAGGAUGGGAACAAUAUUGUGGGUCCACCUGGACCACCAGGACCACCAGGACCAGUCAUAGCCAUACCAGAGCUACUUCUCAAUGAUACAGAAGGAAUUCUUAACUUCACUACAAUUGAAAAACUGCUUGGGCCUCCUGGACCAGAUGGUAAGCCAGGUUUACCAGGAUUCCCUGGCCCACGGGGACCAAAGGGUGAUAUUGGUUUGCCAGGAUUGAAAGGACCCAAAGGACAACAGGGUGAAAAAGGAGAAUCUGGAGUUAUCAUUGCUGCUGAUGGGUCUUUAACUGAAUUGUUGGGAAGAAAAGGGCAGAAGGGUGAAGCUGGAGUGGUAGGACCAAUGGGACCAAUGGGACCAAUAGGACCUGCUGGACCUAAAGGAGAACUUGGUUUCCCAGGACGCCCAGGCCGCCCAGGACUGAAUGGGCUGAAAGGUGUGAAAGGUGAACGAGGAGAAGCAUUAAAUGGCAUUCCUGGUUUGCCUGGGCCCCCUGGACCCCCCGGACCUCCAGGACAUGUAGUUCACAUCAAAGGAGCAGUUUUCCCAGUCUCUCCUAGACCUCAUUGCAAGAAUACAGUGAGCAAUAUUUACCCUGGAAAUCAAAAUGUUCUUAAUGUCCAUGGGGCUAAGGGAAAUGGAGAUUGCUGGAGUCUGCACAGUUCAGUGGACUUAAAAGGAGAAAAGGGAAACAGAGGUGCUCCAGGACCACCAGGUCCACCUCUGCCUCCAUCAUAUUUCAGCCACUUUAUUAAUAGCAUAAAGGGCGAAAAAGGAGACAAUGGUGAAAAAGGAGAAAAAGGAGAACCAAAUGGAGGUUUUUACCUGACAGGACCACCUGGACCACCUGGAAGACCAGGAUUAGUUGGACCUAAAGGGGAUUCAGUUGUUGGACCCAGAGGACCUCCAGGGUUGCCUGGCUUACCUGGUUUACCAGGUUAUGGAAGAAUUGGACCCCCUGGCCCACCAGGCCCACCAGGACCCCCUGCAAUAUAUGGAUCAGCAGCCACAAUGCCUGGACCACCAGGUCCUCCUGGAGAACCAGGGUCACCUGUAACCAGGAAUCUGGUUACAACAUUUCAAAACAUUGACAGUAUGUUGGAAAAGGUUCAUUUGGUAACAGAAGGUACACUAAUCUAUCUUAGAGAAACCAGCGAUGUUUUUAUCCGUGUUCGAAAUGGAUGGAGAAAAUUGCAGCUAAGUGAGCUAAUUCCUGUCCCUGAUGAGAGCCUUCCUCCUCCAGCUGUAUCAAGUUAUGGAUUUCAGUCUCUUCCGGUCCCGAAUCCGAUAUCAAACAUGAACAACAGAAAACCAGCACUGCACCUGGUGGCUUUAAACUUACCAUUUUCUGGUGACAUGAGAGCAGAUUUUCACUGUUUCCAACAGGCCCAGCAAGCAGGUUUGAUGACUACCUAUAGGGCCUUUCUCUCAUCACAUUUGCAAGAUCUGGUCACGGUUGUCAGAAAAACAGACCGAUACAAUUUGCCAGUAGUCAAUCUUAAGGGAGAAACACUUUUCAACAACUGGGAAUCUAUAUUUAAUGGAAAUGGUGGACAAUUCAACAUUCACGUUCCAAUAUACUCCUUUGAUGGUAGGAACGUCAUGACAGAUCCAUUCUGGCCUCAAAAAAUAAUAUGGCAUGGUUCAACUACAAAUGGGAUCCGAAUGGUCAGCAACUACUGUGAAGCCUGGCACACAGCUGAUUUGGCAGCUAUGGGACAAGCAUCACCACUGAAAAUGGGAAAACUUCUUGAUCAGAAAGCAUAUAGCUGUAAUAAUCAGUUUAUUGUUCUCUGUAUUGAAAACAGUUUUGUAUCUGAUCCCCAGGGAAAAUAACUCAUCUGUUGCACAUAAUAUUCUAUGUUAUGACAGAAAAAGCUGACACAGAAGUUUCAUUUCCAAUGAUGUAAAUAUUUUAUUUUUUGUAAUUGCACAUUUCAGGAAAAAAUAGCCAAAGAAAACAUACCUCAACACAAACCAUAUUCCAGUUGGGUGGAACAUUCAGUGUUCAUGAGGCACACUUAAAGCUUUUCUUUCCACUCAACCUUCGUAUGGUUCAAGGUAUGCCAACAUUUCUCUCACAGCCUCUUGUCUUUCUGAGUUGAAGAUUCGUGAAGGUCACUAGUCAAGUGUGGGCUACAAGGAAGAUUCAGUAGCCUGCCUUCAUGGCUGCUGUUUCUUUGCAGUUAAGUCUUCUUUUUACUUGUAUAGAUUUUGAAUAUCCGAGGCACUAUUCAAAUAUAUCAUAGAAUGGCUUGAAUUGGAAGCGACUUCACAUGGGCGUGCUUGUCAACCACUAGAUCGGGUUGCCCAGGGACCCAAUCAACCUGGCCUUCAUCACUUCCAGGGAGUGGAAGUCAACACUUCCAUUCCACAGCUUCUCUGGGCAAGCUGUUCCAGUGCCUCACCACCCUCUCAUUAAUAAUAACAAUAAUCCUUUUAAUAUCUAAUCUAAAUCUCCUUUAUUUUAGUCAUUCCCUUUUGCUCUAUCACUACCUAACCAAGUAUAAAGUUGUUCUCCCUUCUGAUUAUAAGCUACUUUUAAGCACUGGAAAGCCACCAUAAGGUUUACCGUGAGCCUUCUGUUCUCCAGGCUGAAUAAGCAAGGCUCCUUCAACCUUUCUUCAUUGGAGAGGUGCUCCAGCUCCCUGAUCAUCUUUGUGGCUCUCCUCUGGACCUACUCCAACUGCUCUGCAUCAUUCUUGAGCUGGGGAUGCCAGACCUGGAGGCAGUAUUCCACGUGGGACCUCACAACGGAAGAGUAGAAGGGAACAAUCUCCUCUCCCACCCUGCUGGCCAUCCUUCUUUUGAUGCAGCCCAGGCUGCAAGAACAUACUGCUGGCUCAUUUCAAGCUUUUUGGCCAUGAGGACCGCUAAUCCUUCUCUGCAGGGCUGCUCUCAAUGAGUUCUUCUCCCAGUCUGUACUCAUAUCUAAGACUGUCCCAACCCAAGUAGAAUACCUUGCGCUUAGCCUCACUGAAUCUCACUAGGUUCAUAUGGGCCUACUUCUUGAGCUUGUUAAGGUCCUUUUGGAUGGUAUCCAUUUUGGUUUCAUGCCAUCCUCAAAACUUGCUGAGGGUGCACUUGAUCUCACUGUACAUCUUUGAUAAAGAUGUUGAAGGGCACCAGUCUCAACUUGGACUGCUGAGGACACCACUCAUCACAGGCCUCCACCUGGACACAGAGCUGCUGAAUGCAAUCCUCUGACUGUGAUUAUACAGCCAAUUCCUU